GUGAUGUCUAAUCUUCCUUUAGAUAUAAUCAUCGAUAUACUCUCCCGAUUACCUGUGAAAUCUCUGGUACGCUUUCUCUGCGUUUCCAACGGAUGGUACAUCCUAAUCAAUGGUCAAGCUUUCAUCAAGCUACAUCUCCAUCGCUCUAUUGAGUCCAACACAGAUCGCACUCUCAUUGUCCAGGAACAAAACUCUUGUAUUCCCUUUGAUUACUUCUCUGUCAGUUUCCAUGACGAGAAUCGCUUCAGCAAGCCUUUGGAAAUUUACCAGCCACUGCACUGUUCAAAUAUGUCGACCGACAUCUUGAGUUCUUGCAAUGGUUUGGCUUGCAUUUAUAAUCAAUGGGGCGAAGAGAACGCGAUUUGGAAUCCAUUGAUAAGGAAGUAUAGAAAAUUGCCUAGCGAGCCAAUUGAGAAACCUUCUGGUUUUUCAAAUUCUUGGCCUAUUAGUUUAGCAUUCGGGUAUGAUAGUCAUAAUGAUGACUAUAAGGUUUUGAGUGUUGUAAGAUUUUUUAAUAUGGACAAGCCUGGAAAAGAGUUUGAAGUUAAGGUAAGUAGUCUUAGGUUACAGUGUUGGAAAAAAAUUGAAGAUCAAUGGCCAAACAAGGAAUGGUCGAUAUGUUCUGAGUCGGUGUUCUCGAAUGGAGCUUUGCAUUGGCUAGUGGCUGAGGAAGGGCAGAGUCCGGAGAAUAUUGUUGCUUUCGAUCUUGCCACGGAGAAAUUCCGGGUCAUU